GAUCAUGUAGAAGAAGAUUGGAAUAUGCUUAAGGAUAAAAAAGAAUGCGAGAUCUUAGAAAGAUACACUUACAUUGGAAGUAUGUGUACCUUCAGUUUGACAAUACUCGGUUUUAUGGCUACGCUCUUUUGUCUUUUCUUGCCGUUGAUACCAAGCAUCCUCGAUAUCAUUAUGCCAUUGAAUGUCUCGCGUCCACGACAACUUAUGUUUCCGGGAGACUACUUUGUUGAUCAGCAAAAGUUUUUUUAUGCAAUUUUAUUGCAAAUAAAUUUUGCUAUAGGGUUAAUACUCAUCACUUUGAUAGGCACGGAAUCGUUGUACGUAACGUACGUACAACAUGCUUGCGGAAUGUUUCAAAUUGCUAGUUAUCGAAUGGAACAAGCAUUCAAGCAAUUAAAGUUUUUACAAGAAUACACGUCUGAAAAGCAAGCAAUCAUUAUUUGCAAAAGGAUAAUUGAAGCUAUACACAUUCACAACAGAGCUCUCGAGUCGGUAUAAUAUAUUUUGUUCAUAACAUAUAUUAAUAACGAAAAGAUAUUUAAUUGGACGAUUAAUAUGUCGGAUUAUUAAAUCUUCGAUAUUCAGACAAGAUUUAUAGCAUUAGAUUUUGAAAAUGUCUCAAAAAUUCGCUCAUAGUAAACAGGACACGAAAAUUGCAACGAUCAUCAAUCGAUGCAAUACUUUUUUUUCUUCAAGGUUUUCUGAAUUCCUGUGGUCUACUCUGGCGAUAUCAUACAGCAUUCUCCUUAU